CUAGCCCUUCCGCUUCACUCGGCGGCGCCAGGGAGCAGGACGGGCACCGGGGCCAUGGAGAGGACGGCGGGCAAAGAGCUCGCCCUGGCGCCGCUCCAGGACUGGGGCGAGGAGACGGAGGACGGCGUGGUGUACAGCGUGUCCCUGCGGCGGCAGCGCAGCCAGCGCGCGACCCCGGAGCGGGCGGGAGAGCGCCAGGCGCCCACCCAGGCCGCCGACACCUUCCUGCAGUACCGCACCAGCAAGGUUCGCGCGCUGAGGGCCGCCCGGCUGGAGUGGCUGGUGCACGAGCUGGUGUCCGGAGACCGCGAGCAGGACCCUGGCUUCGUGCCCGCCUUCCUGGCCACCCACCGGGCCUUUGUGCCCACAGCCCGCCUUCUGGGCUUUUUGCUGCCGCCGCCGCCGCCGCCGCCGCCGCCGCCACCGCCUCCCGGGGUAGACAGCAAGAGGACAGAGGGACAGGAUCAGAACUUCAGCAAGAACCUGAGGGCUGUGGUUUCAGUACUUGGCUCUUGGCUGCGAGAUCAUCCUCAGGACUUCCGGGAUCCCCCUGCCCAUCAGAACCUGGGCAACGUUCGAAUCUUUCUGGGCUGGGCAGCCCCAGGAGGGGCAGAGGCCAGGGAGGCAGAGAAGCUUCUAGAAGGUUUCUUGGAGGAGGCGAAGGGCGAGCAGACGGAGGAGGAGCACCGACUGACCUGGGCAGGCCCUCCUAGGGUUGCCCAGUCCCCCAGAGCAGAGCUCUCGGAGGACUGCUCGGAAGAGGAAGUCCCCUGUUCAGAAGGCCCGGAGCUCCUGGACUUCAGUGUGGAUGAGGUGGCGGAGCAGCUGACCCUUAUGGACGUGGAGCUCUUCUUGCGCGUGCGGUCCUGCGAAUGCCUGGGUUCCCUGUGGUCCCAGCGCGACCGGCCAGGAGCUGCAGGCAUCUCUCCGACAGUGCGCGCCACCGUGGCCCAGUUCAACGCGGUGACCGGCUGUGUGCUGGGCUCGGUGCUCGCGGCACCCGGCCUGGCAGCCUCGCAGAGGGCACAGCGCAUCGAAAAGUGGAUCUGCAUCGCCCAGCGCUGCAGGGAACUCCGCAAUUUCUCCUCCUUGCGAGCCAUCCUGUCCGCCCUGCAGUCUAACCCCAUCUACAGGCUGAAGCGCAGCUGGGGAGCGGUGAGCCGGGAGCCACUGUCUACUUUCAGGAAACUGUCGCAGAUUUUUUCUGAUGAGAGCAACCAUCUCAGCAGCCGGGUGAUUCUUUCCCAGGAGGAGGCCGCUGAGGGACCACAAGAUGAUGACAGCCCAACAGGGAGUCAGCCAUCAAAACUGCCCCCGGGUCCUGUCCCCUACCUUGGCACCUUUCUCACGGACUUGGUUAUGCUGGAUACAGCCUUACCGGAUACGUUGAAGGGAAAUCUCAUCAACUUUGAAAAGAGGAGGAAGGAGUGGGAGAUCCUGGCCCGAAUCCAGCAGCUGCAGCAGCGCUGCCGGCACUACAGCCUGAGCCCCCGCCCGCCCAUCCUGGCUGCCCUUCGAGCCCAGCGCCAGCUCAGCGAGGAGCAGAGCUACCGGGUCUCCCGUGUCAUUGAGCCGCCAGCGGCCUCCUGCCCCAGCUCCCCGCGCAUCCGGCGGCGGAUCAGCCUCACCAAGCGCCUUAGUGCGAAGCUGUCCCGGGAGAAGAGCUCAUCCCCUGGUGGGAGUCCCGGGGACCCGUCCUCACCCACCUCCAGUGUGUCCCCGGGGUCCCCCCCAUCCAGUCCCAGAGGCCGAGACCCUCCUCCUGGCAGUCCUCCAGCCUCCCCAGGGCCGCACGGCUCCAGCACCAAGCUGCCUCUGACCAUGGACCCACCAGGGGCCUUGACCCUGAGCAGCUCUCGAAUUCCCCUCCUGGGGCAGCAGACCUCAGAGGCCCGUGUCAUCCGAGUCAGCAUCGACAAUAACCAUGGCAACCUGUAUCGGAGCAUCUUGCUCACUUGCCAGGACAAAGCCCCCAGCGUGGUGCAGAGAGCCCUGGAGAAGCAUAAUGUGCCCCAGCCCUGGGCCCGUGACUACCAGCUCUUCCAGGUCCUACCUGGGGACAGAGAGCUCCUAAUUCCGGACAGUGCCAAUGUCUUCUAUGCGAUGAGCCCAGCUGCCCCUGGUGACUUCUUGCUGCGUCGCAAAGGUCGGAAAGAGGGGGCACGGCACACACCCUCUGCCUCCCCAACCUGAAGCACUGCCCUCCUCAUUCUGGGGCACAGAUGCCGUACACAGUUUGGAACCUGGCUGCUACCACCAUCAAAGUAGGGGCCUAUUUCCUGGAGAGCCUCCAUCUCCCAAUGAAGACAUUUUGCUCUCUAUCCUGGGGACCCCCCAACAUGAAGCCAUUGGACCCACCUCUCUGAUUCCCUGGGCACUUGACCAUUAUUCCAGAAACAUGAGUGUAUGAGAAGAGUAUAAAACUAGGAAAAACCAAGAGCCCUAAAGAGCUGGGAGCUUUGCUAGGAGCUCUUUCCCAGCAUGCCCUAGACCCUGGAUGGCUUCUCUGCACUCCCCAGAAUAAAGCUCCUAAGGGGUUUUGGACUAUAAGGUGCAGUUCAGUCAGAUCCUAACCCAUGGCAGGCAAGGCUUCAGGACCCAGCACUGAGGACAAGCAGCUGGGUGGCACGCACCCAUAAUCCCAAGUGCUUGGGAGGCUGAAUCAGAAGGAUCAAGGCUUCCUCAUCCUUGGCUACAUUGUGAGUUCAAGGCAAACCUGAGCUACUUCAUGAGAUCCCAUUCAAAAACAAUCAGAACCUAAGGAAAGGUUGGAAAGGUCAUAAGCAGGCUCAGGGUGUGUGUCGCCUCCGCCUCCAUUUAGGAGGUGCUGCCCUGCUUUUCUGUCAGGAGUGAAGAAAUGGGAAGAAGGAGGAGCUAGCUCUCUCCGGCCAAUACAGGCAGUGGGAAGCUGGCGUGCCUGUCACCUCAGCCCUGGGGAGGUGGAGGCAGAGGGAUCUUGAGUUCAUGGUCAUUUCAGCUGUAGUGAGUUCCAGGCCAGGGCUACAUCAUUCCCUGUGGUGUGGGGGGUCAGGGAGGGAGAAUAAACAAAGGGAGACAGCAUAGACUGAGCGAGUGCAGAGGCAGCUGGCUUCUGAGCCUCAGUUUUGAACUGGCCCUUGAUGGGGUCUCUGCAGCUCACCGAGUUCUCUGUUUCCAGGGGCCUACACUGUGGCUCUGAGGGCAAAGUGUUUGCUCAGCAAGAAUGAGGACCUCAAUUCCUGUCCCUCAGCACCCACAUAAAAAGCCAGGCGUGAUGGGAGUACAUCUACAAUCCCAGCUCGGGGAGGUGGAGACAGGUCCCAGGGUCCACCAUCCGGUCAGUUCGGCGCAAGACUCCAUCUCAAAUAACAUUCCUGAGGAGCUCAGUGCGUGGCUAGCUGAGUUCAACUCCCCAGGGUCCGUGGAAAGGCGGAAGGAGAAAACUGACUUCCCAGUUUUGACCUACAUAUGUGCACCAGACAUGUACUCCAGACAUGCUUAUAGGCACACAUAAUAGUAAUAAGUGACAGUGAGGGACACCUGACGUCACCCUCUGGCCUCCUCGUGCACAGAAAGUACGAACACACAUCCUGUAGAAGUAGACCCAUGCCAAAAAGAGAUGCCGUCUCCUGUACAAGCCAUUCAGUAGGGGGCUAGAGAGUUGGCUCUUGGUUGACAGAGCCUUUUCUUGUAAAGGAGCUGAGUUCUACUUCCACUCCCACACGGAGGCUCACCGCUAGGCACACGUGUGGUGCAUAGACACACAAAAGAACAAAAAUAAAUAUUUUUUUAAAAUUAUUUUUUUUUAAAAAAAGAGAAAAGUCCAAUAAGGUCUACAGCCGUAUGCUUGAUCUCACCUGAAAAGAUCAGCAGGUCUGGCCUGAGGUACAGCUGGAUCCGGAGCGCCAACAGAGGCUUCAGGGUUUUGUUGCUCUGAUAAUAAGACUGUUUUCGCUCAGAUUCACUCACCUCCUCUGCGAAUAGAGCCACUCAAAGGAAAAGCCACAGGUGGGCUUGUCACGCCAGCGCUCAGGAGGCUCAAGCUGAGGUGGUUUAAGCUGAGUGACAUGAGACCCUGUAUCAAACCAUGAACACACGUCCUGUGUUGGGGUCAAACCCAGGGCUUUGUGCAUGAUAGGCAAGUGCUCUACCACUGAGCUACAAUAAAAAGAUAAAAGCUGCUUUGCAUAACUGUAACUCUCCUGUAGUAGCGAGUAUGGCCACAUGAUUAAUUCUUAGUCAAGCUGACCAAUUCCAAGUUGGCUACUUUUUUUUUUUAAAAGACAGUUUCUCUGUGUAGCCCUGGUUGUCUUGGAAUUCACUCUGUAGACCAGGCUGGCCUUGAACUCACAGAGAUCCAUCUGCCUCUCCUCCCAAGUGCUGGGAUGAAAGCAUGUAUCGCCACCUGAGGCUCUAGGACUACUCUUAAAGGGAAGGGGCGAGUCCUCCCUUUCCACUUUUCCUGGUUUCUGCUGGUUAGAAUGAAGGCAUGAGCUAACCAGUAUGGUUGGGUGGUCACAUACUCAUAGCUGAGCAACAAGUGGGAAGGCGCCUGGGACCCUGGAGACAAACAGCUGCCAUGGAGACUGCUGAGACCUGGAGAGUUAUGUCAGAAAUAAAUUGCUAUCUCUUC